GACUACCCGAUGCCAGCGGUGCGCUUUCGUGAGCCUGAUGCUGAAAUAUGUGCGCUCCGCCAAAAGGAAACUGGCGAUUGGCGUAAGCUAACUACCGAUGAGAAGAAACAGCUCUAUCGUUAUAGUUUCUGUAAGACAUUCGCCGAAAUGAAAGCACCAAGCUCCGAUUGGAAAUUUUGUGUAGGUGUCGCUUUAAUCGUUUGCUCACUGGGUGUAUGGCUAUCACUAUCGUAUUUUCAUGGCGUAUAUCCUGAAUAUCCGGUAACUUUCGAUGAGAAGCGUCGUAGUGCACAACUGAAACGUAUGAUAGCUCUGGAGGUAAAUCCGGUUACUGGACUGGCGUCUAAGUGGGAUUACGAAAAGGAACGCUGGAAGUAGGCAGUGUUGAACGCAAAAUCAACAAACACGAAACCAUUGAAGCAUGAAUUUUUUGUCUGCAAAUGUUACAAGAUAGUGAAAAUACUAAUAAAGGGACUUUGUUUGCUCUCUAAAAACAAUGGCACGUGGCAUGCGG